AUGUCCCUGUUGGCCUCUGGGCCUGUACGUCCCUUUUGGCCGCUGCCACCGCGCCAGUCCACCUCCGUGGGUCGCCGACCUGCGUCCACCUGUCUCCACUGCGUGGCCUGUCUAUUUCUGUGGGCCGCUGCCGGGCCUGAAUGUCUCUAUUGGCCGCUGGUGCCGGGCCGUCCACCUCCGUCUACUUAUCUCCGCCGCAGGAUUGAUACCUGCUUUACAGAGCCCUUUAUAAGUGAAGGAAAACGCCUGGGCUACAUUCACCGGAAUUUUGCUGGAAACAGAUUUUCUGAUCACGUGGCUCUUUUAUCAGUAUUCCAAGCCUGGGAUGAUGCUAGGAUGAGUGGAGAAGAAGCAGAAAUACGUUUUUGUGAGCAAAAGCGACUUAAUAUGGCUACAUUGAGAAUGACUUGGGAGGCCAAAGUACAGCUUAAAGAGAUUCUGAUUAAUUCUGGCUUUUCAGAAGAUUGCUUAUUGACACUGUUUACUAACACUGGACCAGAUAAUAAUUUGGAUGUCGUUAUUUCUCUGCUGGCUUUUGGUGUGUACCCCAAUGUAUGCUAUCAUAAAGAAAAGAGAAAGAUUCUUACCACUGAAGGGUGCAAUGCACUUAUCCACAAAUCAUCUGUGAACUGUCCUAUUAGCAGCCAAGAUAUGAAGUACCCAUCUCCCUUCUUUGUUUUCAGUGAAAAGAUUCCAACCCGAGCCAUCUCUGCUAAAGGCAUGACCUUAGUCACCCCUUUACAGUUACUUCUGUUUGCCUCCAAGAAAGUCCAGUCUGAUGGGCAGAUUAUAUUUAUAGAUGACUGGAUCAGACUGCAAAUAUCACAUGAAGCUGCUGCUUGCAUCACAGCCCUCCAGGCAGCCAUGGAAGCUCUGGUUGUUGAAGUAUCCAAACAACCAAAUAUCAUCAGCCAGUUGGACCCUGUAAAUGAACAUAUGCUGAAUACAAUCCGUCAGAUUUCUAGGCCCUCAGCUGCUGGUAUCAAUCUUAUGAUUGGAAGUAUAUGGUAUGGUGAUGGUCCAUGCCCACCCAAGAUGGCCCGAUACGAUAAUGGAAGUGGAUAUAGAAGAGGAUAUGGUGGGGGAGGAUAUGGUGGGGGAGGAUAUAGCGGUGGCUACCGUAGUGGAGGUUUUGGAGGAGGCUUUGGAAGUGGUGGGGGAGGCUUCGGAGGUGGCUUCAACAGUGGUGGGGGAGGCUUUGGUAGUGGUGGGGGAGGUUUUGGCAGUGGUGGGGGAGGCUUCGGUGGUGGAGGAGGCUUCAGUGGCAGGGGAGGUGGUUUUGCUGGCGGCAGAGGGGGCAACUUUGGGGGUGGUGGAGGCUUUGGAAGUGGUGGGGGAGGCUAUGGUGGAGGUGGUGGUGGCUAUGGUGGAGGUGGUAGUGGUGGUGGCUAUGGAGGAGGCAGUGAAGGCUAUGGAGGUGGUGGAGGAGGUUAUGGUGGUGGGGAAGGUUAUAGUAUUAGCCCCAACUCUUACCGUGGAAAUUACGGUGGAGGUGGUGGUGGGGAAUAUAGAGGAGGUUGCCAAGGAGGCUAUAGAAACAAUUUCGGUGGAGACUACAGAGGAUUUAGUAGGGACUACCGUGGAUCUGGUGGGGGCUACAGAGGAUCUGGAGGGUUCCAGAGAAGGGGUGGCUAUGGAGGUGGUUAUUUUGGACAAGGAAGAGGAGGAGGGGGUGGUGGCGGCUAUUAAGACUUGUGUCAGAGCCUGUGCAUAGACAGUUUAAAAAUGCAUGCUAUGUGUGUUUUUCUAAGAUGUUUAUUUGCACCCCAAAAGUAAACCCAUUUUCCAUUUAAUCUGUAGCUUAUUGUAGUUUCAAACAAGAAAGAAUGUAGACUAGUGAUUUUGUUUAUAUUAUGUAGUGUAAAAUAUGACCUAUUAUACAAGUAUCAUACCAUACAGUUUGUAUUUUUUCUUCAAGGGAAAAGGUUUGCCUUUUAACUUAACUUGACAUUUUCUUGGUUUUCAUUUAAUAGAAAAUAAAGUAUUACACUGAAAAAAAA